UCACUCAAGCAUAAGACUCCUGGGGCUGGCAGUCGCAUUCCCUCAGGCUACCCAGACGCCACCCUCUGUCCUUGCUCCUCGCCUCCUGACUCCUUUCCCUACACUGGUGCUCCCUGAGGUUCUGUGGUGCUUCCCUGGUGUUGUGUUGACCACGGCGUGCUAGUGUGCGGCUCCGCCAGUGCCAACGUGGCCCAGAGGAAAACAAACGACGAAAAGUGCACAGGACAACGUGUGAGAUCCUCAAGGUUAAGGACAAAGCAACGAGCCGAUCAGCGUGUGAAGAUAAACUGCGAUUCGUGACUGAACAAUGCUUUAUUCCGAGGCGUUUUGAGGCAGCGAGUGAUGCUGUGAGGCGACCACCGGACACACUCCCCAGCAGCCAAGCCCCUGAUACACAGUGCCUUCCUUCCCGCCGUGCCCUUCACCUGACAAUUCAACCCAGUAUGGCCAUGUCACCCUCAACGUGGGGAGCCCCUCGGAGGCCCUCAAGCGCAAGUCCCCUGAUGACACAGAAGGGGUGGUGCUGUCCCUGCGCAAGAACCACGUGACGAGUCCGCCGUCCCUCACGCCGUCCAGCAACACCCAGGUCUUCUCGGUCAUUGACGGCCAGAUCAUGCAGGACGACGUGUGUGAUGACGUGUGUGACGACGUAGUGGAGGACGUUGCUGACGACCCUGAUGACGAGGAACGUGUGGGCGGGCACCCGUCGAGCCUGGGACCAAUCACGAGCAUCGGGGGCGUGGGUGGUACCGCCUCCUUCGCUUCCACGCCCAGAAUACACACGCCCACCACCGACUUCCAGCCACCGUACUUCCCCCCACCUUACCUGGGCACAGAGAACCAGAUGACGACGCACCACCCGGCAGCAGAUCCCUACCAGCUGCACUCCCUCCCUGCCAACUACACCACGUACACCUCGGCGACGCUGCAGAACCGACAUGAGGUACCAAGGAGGGAAGAUCCGCUCCAUGUCGCGGGGGUCUUACAGAGUGGACAGGUGGGACUCUAUGACAGAAGCUACGCCGGAGUGGACAGAGCUGGUGCUGUGCUCAUGGGCGCCGCCAGACACGAAGAUAUAAUUCUCAGCAACACUAUCCACCCACAUGCUAUUGAAGAACCUGUCCAGGCCAAACGGGCGAUUGCUAGUCAACAGUUUGCAGAGCGUGGCCUGUUUCUGGAAGGAGUGCUAGAAUCUGACACGAGUUUCACCGGCGAUAUCUUCAAACAUGACGGCUUUGGUGUUCCCUUCGCUCCCGCCUCGCCUCCCCCGUUCUCCCUCCCACGGGCGGACUCAGGAGUUGCAGGAAGAGUCUGGGACGCCACGAGGGAAAGUUCUUUGCGCCACAAGUCCUUUCACGACACGUUCUGCUCUGUGCCCGGCCGCCUCUCCCUCCUGUCCUAUAACUCCAAGUACAAGGUCAUGGUUCCGGAGGUGCAGCGCCGUCUAUGUCCCCCAGAGUGUCUCAACGCCUCCAUCCUGGGCGGCAUUCUUCGUAGAGCCAAGAGCAAGAACGGGGGGCGGAUCCUGCGUGACAAACUAGAGAAGAUCGGACUGAACCUGCCGGCGGGACGGAGAAAGGCCGCCAAUGUCACGCUUCUUACGUCCCUGGUGGAAGGCGAGGCUAUCCACCUGGCGCGGGACUUUGGCUAUGUGUGCGAGACUGAGUUCCCAGCACGUCAGAUUGCCGAGUACCUCUGCCGCCAGCACUCAGACCCCGCCGAGCAGUACAGACGCAAGGACCUCAUUCUUGCCACGAAACAAAUCACCAAAGAGCUAAUGGACCUUCUGAACCAGGACCGGUCGCCUCUGUGCAACACGCGGCCGCAGAUUAUCCUGGAGCCUUCCAUCCAACGACACCUCACCCACUUCUCUCUCAUCACCCACGGCUUCGGCUCCCCCGCUAUCGUCGCAGCCCUCACAGCCAUCCAGAACUUCUUGACGGAGUCGCUGAAGCAUCUCGAGAAGUCCUUCCCUUCUUCUAAUUCCCACCUCACCGUCACGCCCUCCAUAGACCUCAAGAACAAGGAGAUGGAGAAGAAAUAACGGCGUGGCCCACCGUCUUUCUCCCUCCCUCCCCCCGCACCCGCACCCGGACGGCCAGCCCCCCUGAGCCGCCGCGAGGGAGCGCCGCGCCCUCACCCCUGCGAGGAUGACGCCCGCGCGGUCUUCAAUGCCUCACUUCAGUGUCCGAGACUCAUAUCAUAUGGAGACCCCGGGCAGGCGGCGGCUCCUGCUCCUGCUGGACCAGCUUUCUCCAGCCCGGCCUGACGCUGCUCCCCUUCUGUACAUAGACCCUUGGAUAGCCCCUAAGGUUACUGCAUGGCCGCCGCGCCGUGCCCUGAUGGCAGACAAGUGCAAUAGCGCACGGGAAUUAGCGCAGAAUACUCGGCUUUGUGGGAACGAAACGUAACGAAAGAGACAAUAGAAGUGAUUUCUGGGAAAUUUAUUUAAAUAUCCUCACCUCUUAGUUCUAAGAGGCUUAAUGAAUCUCACAAUCAGUAGAACAUUGUAAGUGUAGUUUGCUAAGGUUUGUACAAAUGCCAUAUUGCCAUAUUUUGAUCUUUAAGGAUAUAAAAGCUCCUUAUCCACAGCUUACAUAGUUUGCGACCACCAAGACGCGUCGCGCAGCAAAGAUACAACAUAGAUUUGGAUACAUAGCGAGGCAGUGUUGACGAAGCUUCUCAUGUGCCACUCAUCAUGGUAACCACCAGGAAAGAUCAAUGAUAUUGUGAUGAUAUCUACUACCAUUUAACAGUAUUGUCUACGUACGGAAUACGUUGUUUUGUAUCUAGCGAGUAGCCAAACUUUGUACGUUAUAGUAGUGUUAUGGCGGAGGCCCCGUGCCGGUCGCCGCCACCCAAACAUAUCUGCCAAAACCAUGUACCAAGUGCAAUCUCUUGGCGAUGUGAUGUAUCGAUUAGACAGCCCGGCGGGCGCCCGGGCACCGCUGCGGUGACGGGGCGAGGGCGCCCCCAGCCCUCACAGUUGUAAUAUUUAGCCACCAGCAGGUGUCCGGGCCGCCCCGCCUCUUGUACAGUGUAGAAAGGACCUACAAACUUUAUCUCUCUCUGGACGGGAUUCUCUCACCUAACCUCCUGGCUGGGAGUAGCGUAGUGUUAAUCUUACCUAGGUGAUAGGAGCCACCCUCUCACUCAGGCGCCAAGUGUCAGGCGUCCUCCAGGCAUGACAGAAACAAAACAAUAUUGCAUACCACAAUUUCCCACUUGCAAUUUGAACAUAUCUUACUGUUAGUCUCUCUAAUCUCUCUCUCUCUCUCUCUCUCUCUCUCUCUCUCUCUCUCUCUCUCUCUCCUCGUUACGUCUCCUCAAACGUUUUCAUUACCUUGCAAGUCUUCCCUUCACUACGUUUUGCAUAUCAACUUCUUCUAUAACCUUCCUCUUCUACUCUGUUCCUCUACUUACUCACUCGCCUCCCCGUCUCCCCUAUUUCCCCUGUCUCUCCUGUCUCCCCCUGUCUCUCCGCUCAGUCGUUGCCUUUCGUUGUCCCAUCAUUGUGAUCCUCGUAGUGUGCGAUCUCUCUAAAGUGAUCUGUACCUUCCCACAAGUACAAUCAAGGGCGUGAUUACCUUGCUCGCCUCUAUUUAUAUAAGCUGCUUCUGUAUAUGUAUCUCUCUCUCUCUCUCUCUCUCUCUCUCUCUCUCUCUCUCUCUCUCUCUCUCUCUCUCUCAUUCAGCAUAUCACUGCUUGGUAUCAGUAUUUUUUUCAUCUAGCUAGUCUUGCAUUCACUCUGUAUUUCCUCGGUAAGUGUAUGGAAAUUCUCUCUCUCUCUCUCUCUCUCUCUCUCUCUCUCUCUCUCUCUCUCUCUAUGCAACAGCUAAUAAGUUGCAAAAACUUCCUAACAAAGUCUCUCUCUCUCUCUCUCUCUCUCUCUCUCUCUCUCUCUCUCUCUCUCUCUCUUCUGCUCUCUCUCCUCACGUCCAGGAGGCGCCAGCAGUCCCCCCUUCACCCCCUCUGUGAUCCUGCGGGACUUCCUUCAGUGGUCGUCUAACUCACCCCCUCAAGACUAUCAAACUACUAUUUUUCUAUCAUUAUUAUUUUAUUAUUGUGAACAUAAUGAGCAAUGUGAUGUAUGUGAUUAGUUGGUCUGAUGUGAGAUAAACAUGAUGUGACAAUGGGUGUGAAGAAGCUGGGAUGUGCGCACCGGCCAUUUUCUUUCUUUUUUUAAGCUUCGGGAGGUUUAUAUAAGUUUUUUUUCGUAUUUAACCAAGGGUAGGGGGCGAUGCUCCCCUCCGAGGCUUUCCCGCCGGCGCGCGCAUCCCACCGCUCCCCUUUGGACUUUGUUGUGAGGGACCCGCGCUAAGUUUUCGGCACGGUCCUGAUGUCUUGUUGAUUUUUCUCUCUUAUUUUUUUAUACCUUUUGCUUGUAAGACUCCGAUUCUCAGUAAAGACAGCUGGGGCUCUGUUUGAGACGCAGCCGCCCCCCCAACUCCUGCGCCCUUGUCUCAGCCUCACUCUGGCACACUGAUUCUCUCGCCUCGUUCUCACCUCCUUACUUGACACGCACUCAUCACCCUCACACCAAACACUCACAAACACCGCACCGCCUCAGCUCAUUUUUACUCAUCUUUCUAUCUUUUCCUCAUGUUUCCCACAUCCACAUUCUCUCACUAACUUCUUCGUCAUCCAUUUCAUUUAUUUUCUUUCUUUCAUUCAAUCGAGACUUCUUUUUUUUUUUUUUUUCCUUCAUGCCAUUUGUCUAUCAUUCUCUACUCUCUUCCCUGUCACGGCUACACACAACACUUCAUUAGUGUGGCCUCGUGGCUCUUUGGUUCAACACUCGACUCGCGGUCUGAAGGUUGCGAGUUCCAUUCUGCCUCACGGUGACUGGUUUGGCUGAAGUAACUCGCUCUUUUCUGUCAUAAAAUAUAUAUCUCUCUAUCUCCUGUUUUGCUGUGGUGGUAUAACUCAUUCAUUCAUCAUGUUCCCUUAUUCAUUCUGUCCUGUAAUUCAUCUCUACAACACUCACAGUAACACACGUACACUGACACACACUGAUACACCACAACACACCACACCACACUCCGACACUGUCCCCUUGCCCUUCCAAAUCUCUGCAAUUAAGGCGUUGCUCAGACACCUUUAUUUUCUGCAAAGGAAAGACUCUUUUUUGUUGCCCAAUUCCAAUGUAAUGUUAUAUUAUUAAAUAAGGUAUUUUAUACUGUGUUUCCCCGCCACUUGGACGGGCGUGGUUGUUUUUUGUGUGUUCCUCCAUAAUGGAAGGUACCAACGUGUUGUAUAGUUUAUCUGUCAACUUGAAAUAAUUUUAAUGCUAAAGGAUGCCAUAUGUAGAUUAAUAAUAAAAAUCUUAACAAGACUCA